GACCGCCGCUCCGCCAGCACCAUGGGACACUUGCAACAGCGGCUGACCUUGGCGGCGACCUGCGCGUGGCUGUGCCUGCUGGCGGGCGUCCAGCGCGCGGGCGCGGGCGUCGCCUACUACGGGACCGCCGCGCAGGCGCAGCAGCUGCUGCCCGGCUCCGCCAGCGUCGUGCUCGUCCCGCAGGGCAGCACCGCCAACCUCGCCAGCGUGUCGUCGGCCGUGCCGGUGGUGUACGUGGGCGGCGCGCCGGGUAACGGGCUGAGCGCCGUGUUGCUACGCGACGGCGCCGACGGCAGCAACCCGGACGGCGGCUCCGGGGGCGGCGCCGGGGGCGGCGUGGGCGGCGGCUUCGUCGACACCAUCCUCUCCUGGUUCCCGCACAUCCCCAUCAUCAACCCCGCGCCUUCACCGUCGCCCGUCGAGGGCUCCAAGCCGCAGAAGGUGGAGAACCCGGCGUCGUCCCCCGCAGCGGCGGCUGGCGGAGAGUCGGCUGCAGGGUCGGCGGCUCCAGCUCCAGCUCAGGCUCCAGCUGCAGCGCCGGCGCGCCUGGAGGACCUGGACGAGGGCCUGCCGCCCGCCGAGCAGCCUCAACAGCCGGGCCUGAGCCCGCUGCCUCUGCCGCUGUCGCCGCUGGCGCCGCGGCCGGGCCAGAAGUUCGUGCUGGUGGGGCAGCCGCAGUUCUUCGGCAACUAUGACGUGCUGCGCCAGCUCGGCCUGCAGAACAUCGGCACGCGCGGCCUGCUGGCGGGCGGCGCCGCCCUCACGCCGGCCGCGCUGCUGCCGCCCCGCCACCUGGGCGGCAAGCCCGCCCCCGAGAAGCUCCAGCAGCGGCAGCCCGCCGACGCCGCCCCCGCCGUCCCCGAAGCCUCCGCCCCCGCAGCUGCCGAUUCCUCGGACAGUGGAUUCCAGAGGUACAGCCAGCAAGGAGCACUGCUGUCGCAGCGUCUGCGCGACAUCGCCGCCGCCAGCGGCGACUCCCCAGCUUCCGAUGAUUCGAGCAGCAGCGAGGAGAAGCCGACGGAGAGCGAGGACGCCGAGCAGGUGGUGGGCGCCGACCCGCCGGGCCCCAGCGUCGCUCAGGUCAAGCCGCAGGCGCUCGCGCUCGCCGGACCCGGGGGCGUGGCCGCCGCCGCCCCCAUGGGCACGGCGCUCGUCGGUCCCGGCGGGCUUGCCGUCGCCGCCCCCGCCGCCACCGCAAUCGCCGGCCCCGCGGGCGGCACACCUCCCAUCGGGAUAGUCCCGGCGUCGCAGGCCUACAAGCAGUACCUGGAGGCCCAGAAGGUAGUCGAGAACCACAGGAAGCAGCAGCAGCAACAGCAAAACCGUAGACCCGCCUUCAUCGCAUACAACGCGUAGAGCAUACAAAAGGGAAUCAACAUAACACUUCUGAAGGCUUCCUAGUCCAUUUUAGCACUGAAUCCUAAGAAAUUCCUUUACAGAAAGUUGCUAUUAGUAUUAAAAUCCCGCCCCCUCCCUACCACCCUCCCCACAGAUCCACACACAUGCCUUUGUUAUCAUUGAUAUAUCGCUGCCCUGCGCUACUAAGGUUCCUUUCCUGAUGAAGCAUUGAAGUCUCCACUGUACUUGUGUCAGAAUACAACAUAUCGAUGCCCUGCGUUACUAAGGUUCCUUUCCUGACGAAGCAUCGAAGUCUCCACUGUACUUGUGUCAGAAUACAAUUCGCUCGUACAAAAAUAUCUGACAAAAAAGUUAGUAGUAGACCGGACACCCUCCCACUCCACCUAACAGUACAAAUGACUGCUUUGGAGUUUCUGUAUCCAGGUCAGUCAAACAAAGGACACGCAACAUUCUUCAGGCGUGAGAAUUGAAACAAACACUUACUGUUAUUCCCCUUAACUGCGAGUACAUGAAAUCUGAGUUCCUUGCUUCUGACGUGUCUUGUUUAUAAAAAUACACGAAUUGUCGUUCAACUCUCAAUAGUUUUGCUUCUUUUCAACUGAAAUGGUGUUCUACAAGUUUUGUAAAUUUCAUUUCAAUAAUUGUUUUUAUGUUCAUUAGACAGCAGCAACUUUCCAGCCCCAUAUUCCUUCCAUACACGAUUCCAUGUCGAGCUUUCAGGAUAGUCCAGUGCUCUGAGACGGUCUUCGAUUACACGUGCUUCCUAUUUGGGUGCAGUCCGCAGCCACUGCAGCUGACCUGCAGUCUCAACUUACGAGACGACGUCAGCUCUCGGUCAGGACAGCUUGUGACGUUUGUGACUUUUAAUGACUUCUUAGUGUUUUUAACAGGGAGUGACUUCCGUUUCGACAGAUGACUGUCAUGACUUUGCGACUAUUUGACUUCUACUACACAGCAAGAUGAACUGUGUGACUUACUUUGUGUGGAGACUGCACCAGCUGUCAUGAUUUCAUGAGAAAUUUUGCUGGCAGACAGCACCCUUUAUUUAUACUUUUUUAUUGUGAAUAUUGCAACUUGAGUGACAGUGAAAAUUGUAAUUCAGGCGUUACUGUAGUGGCGUGUGAAAUCUUAAAUAAAAUUGUUGCUAAAUGCUAGAA